AUGAGCAAAGAUCUUUGUAGCUCUGAAUAUAGAGCUAAAGCUUGUAAUACUUGUGCGAUGGGCUAUCACUUCAACUCAUUAGAUCACAGAUCGAUGAUCUUCUGCAAACACCUUUUCCUCUGCUCAGGCGGUUGCCAGUUCGGAAAAGCUGUCCAAAUGUUCCCAACAUCUUCUGAUAAAUGUCUCGAGCAACAAUGUGGCAGAGAUCACAGCCCUUCAAACAAUCAGAAGCAAGCCAUCGUCGAUUCAGUACUUGACAAUAUCGCAAUAUCUGGAACAAUGAAUGACGAAGACUUGAUUCUGUCGAAAGACUACGAUGGAGUCUUGGAUGAAAUGAACCGAAAACUGUCGUACAAUGAACAGUGUCGCCUCGCUCAUACAGAGCUAACGCUGGACAAGGAUCAAAUCAAGACGAGGGUAAACUGCCGCGAACCUUCUGAAUUCUUCGCGACAUUGGCGCCAUGGUUCUUCCUCAGUGGCCUUAUCAUGCUCUUGACAGCCUCACUUUAUGCCUUUUGCGUCACUAAACAAAAAUAUGCACCGAGACGGACGGAAAACUCAACUGUCGGGUCACCUCUUAGCGAAAGAUCGCACCUUCUGAAAAACUCACAUUCGGAUGGAACUUUCUCAGACACGACGAUACCCCGCGAAUAA